AUGGCACCUAGCGCACUUCAUCAAGCCACGCUCUUCAUUCAUAGCGGAGGCAAACCUUCAGAGUCGAAGAGGAAAGAUCAAGUGCGCCGUCAACAUCAACAUGCUGCGAGUGUAGCCCAUCAAAGGGGACAGAGGAAGAGAUUGCCACGGUCGCAAACUCAGCUUGCCCCGGCCGAUACCUCUACCGCUCUCACCACUCCGCCGCCUCGAUCGGAUCUCAGUGGAAGCCUCUUCGAUCCCUUUGAUGCCUUCUUCGUGAACAAUCUGUCUGCGCAUGCGCAGAUGAUGUUUCAAUCCGCCAUAAUCGAGCAAUGGCCGUCCUUCGCGCUGUCAAGCAGAAAACAAGACAUCGACAGAUGGCGAUCAGUUACCGUAAAAUUUGCACUUGAAUCUCCCUACCUAGUGCCAGCGAUCACCUAUGCGGGAUCUUCGUAUCGUUACUUCUUCGGCUCGAGGGAUUCGGCCGCCAAAUUCCAUCGCAUCAAUUUCUAUCAUGAGACAUUGAGACAACUUCGGGAGGCAAUGCUGAAGCCAGAUAGUCAAUGUGGAGAUGCGAUGCUUCUAGCCAUUGCCAUACUGACCAUCCACGGCCCUCCAAACGAGAUGCAAGGUCGGACUCUGCUAGGCUCCCAGCAGCUGAGGGAUUACGAGUAUUAUGGCAGCAAAACAUGGGAACCGACCCAUUUUCAGGCGUUAUUGUCCUUAGUGAAACAAAGAGGUGGAUUGAACAAAAUCGGGAUCGACUCUCUAGCCGGGAUUAUUAUGACGUGCGUAAUGUUCCAACAUCUCUCAGAUACUCAACUCACAGUUUAG